CUCCUAUACCCGGCCGGCCAUGCUCUAUACACCCUCACACAAUCCAGGCACUGACCAGCCACGCUCUACACACCCUCCCCCCAGCACUGGCCGUCCACGCUCUAUACACAAUCACACCCCCGGCACCGACCGUCCACGCUCUAUACACCCUCACACAGACCCCCAGUACUGACCGUCCACGCUCUAUACACCCUCUCACACCCAAAGCACUGACCGGCCACUCUCACUAAAAUCCUCAACGAAAAAGGCGGGAGACACCUGAUUCCAUCCAGACUCACCCGCACAGAGCUCUCGCUUCUCCUCACUACCGAUCACACACACAGUGCACUCUCUACCCUCAGGGGGGCCGGGGAAUAAUACACCAGGCACGCCCCAUAUGACGUUUGCCGUUCUCCGUAUAGGCUUUCUGAAGAAAUUGACAAGCACUCUACCCUAUCAGCGAGUUGUUUUGCUAUAAUACCCGCCCACUAUAUCAGCUAAUAGGAAUCGCUGUAGGCGGGGUUGUCUGAGGCCAUCGGGACGGGAGCCCGGUUGGGACAUGAGGCUUCUCGGGAAGGUCGCGUUCGGGUGACGGCGCUGCGAUGAGCUGGUGUCUGCAUCGUGUGUCAGUGGCUCUCCGGAGACCCGCAGUCUUCGGCCGCCGCCUGCUCAGCCAGGAAACCGGCACCCGGGAACAUCUGGACGGGCUAGUGAAGAAGGACAAGGUGGUCGUGUUCAUCAAGGGCACCCCUGCGCAGCCUAUGUGCGGCUUCAGCAACGCUGUGGUGCAGAUCCUCCGCAUGCACGGGGUGGACGACUAUGCGGCCUACAAUGUGCUGCAGGACCAGGAGCUCCGGCAGGGAGUGAAGAAUUACUCCAAUUGGCCCACCAUUCCGCAAGUGUAUAUAAAUGGCGAGUUUCUAGGAGGCUGCGAUAUCCUCCUUCAGAUGCACCAAAAUGGAGACCUGGUAGAAGAACUGAAAAAGCUGGGAAUUCGUUCCGCGCUUUUAGACGCAGCGCCAAGCCAAGAGAAAGAAUAACCGGCCAAGCAUCUGCUUUAUGGACUGUCUGCAGUUAAGUGAUGAUGUUACGGUCUUGUAUACACCACAGAAGCCUUACUUACCAUGGUGAACUACUGUACCCAUUCUCUAUUGUCCACUCGCAGUAGGGAAGGUCUCCAGAAAUGACCCAGCUCUUCAGUUGCUGGAUGGGUAUUGCCCUUUCCUGUACCUUCCACUGUGCAGCGAGCAAUUUAAUGUCUUGUAAAAUAGUCAGACAAUGACCACUGUUCUAUAGAGAAAUGAUUUUGUCCUACUAGAAAUUAUUGUAAACAAUAAACUACUUCUAUACAA